UUUUUGUUUUUCCUUUUACAGUAAUGGCACAUGCUAUUUAAGAGAGGUAUAAUAUUUUAAGUAAACAUAGCAUUUUCAUUUAAUUGGAUAGUAAAUAUGCUGACAUCUUAUGCCCCUGCAUUUUCCCUUCUGAAUGGUGAUUGGCUGCAUGAGAGAUACAGAAUGAUUUAAAUGUUAUGCUUCCAGGGACUUGCAUAGCAUACCUUCCACAUGCUCUGCAGUAACCAGUUCAGCCAAAGAACAGACCAGCUGACCAAGACAAUGAGGCCAUUGGUAAUGCUAACAGCUCUCAUUGGAGCAGCCUUUUCUCUUCCUCUUCCGCCACAACCACAGCAUCCUGGGUAUGUAAACUUCAGUUAUGAGAUAUUAUCACCUAUAAAAUGGUACCAAUCUAUGAUGAAAAAUCAGUAUCCAAAUUAUGGCUAUGAACCUGUGUCUGGUUGGCUUCAGAGCCCUAUGAUACCAGUGCCGCCUAUGAUGCAACAGCAACAGCUCCCAAGUCAGAAUGCAGUUCCAAAACUGCCAUCUCAUCACCCAUUGCUGAUACCUCAACAGCCACUUGUACCUGUACCCGUUCAUCAUCCUCUAAUUCCUCUGACACCCCAACAUACACAUCAGCUCAAGCCCAUAUAUCUGUUCAAUUCUGAUGGUCAGUAUCCAACAAAUACUCAGCUGUUAGAGCCCUCCAAACCUGACCAUGAGAGCCAGAAUGGGCAGCCUACGUUCCCAUUACAUCCACUGCCACCACUUGUUGAAGAAAGGCCCCAGGAACCAUGGCAAGAAGCAGGAAAUGAUAAGCAAGAGGAACUGGAUUAGACCUCUUUGGAUAUCAGAAGGGAAGAUUAUUCUGUCUCCUGCACAACGGCAGAGUAUUGUUUUUAUUUUUCAUGUUUAGCCUACUUUAACUGCAUUGUAAUAAAAUCUAAAGAAAAACAAGAGGUAAUAAACAUAAUUUGUUCUGAAA